UUGAAACUACUUACACAAUCUUGUGUAUUGUCUCUCCAUCAUCUCCCAAAGUAGAAAAGCUAGAAAAUAAUAAAAUGGAAUAAAAAAGAAAAUCCCACUUUUGAUCUCUUCCAAUUAUAUAUCCCCUUCUCUCGUCUUCUAUAAGCAGCAACAAACUUCACUUCUCUCUCUCCUUUUUUCAGUUUAUUCUCUAUUUGCCUCACCAUUUCUGUUCAUAUUUGAUCUGCAAAAGUUGAAUCAAUCCCUUUUAUAGUAUCAAUCUCACCAUGACAAGCAGCUAAGUCCCUCUCUAUACCCUUUUCUCUCUGUUUGGUUUAAUUAAUGAUCUGAAGAACCCUAAUCUCUUUGAUCCGUGUAAAAGCAAAAACCCUAGAUCAGAUUCCAUCUUCUUCUUCUUCUACUUUCCAAACUCAAAAUAAAGAGAAGCUAUGGAAUUAGUCUCUCACCAAGCAAACAAGAACCCUAAUACCUCCACACAAUUAACACCUCCUUCCUCAAGCCGGUACGAGAACCAGAAACGCCGUGACUGGAACACCUUCUGCCAAUACCUCCGGAACCACCGUCCUCCGCUCUCUCUCCCGUCGUGCAGCGGCGCGCACGUGCUCGAGUUCCUCCGCUACCUCGACCAGUUCGGGAAAACAAAGGUUCACCACCAAAACUGCGCCUUCUUUGGCCACCCUAAUCCUCCUGCGCCUUGCCCUUGCCCUCUCCGACAAGCCUGGGGCUCACUCGACGCCCUCAUAGGCCGCCUCCGUGCCGCCUACGAGGAGAACGGUGGCCCUCCAGAGGCUAACCCAUUUGGCUCACGCGCCGUCAGGUUAUACCUCCGUGAGGUCAGAGACUUCCAGGCCAAAGCUCGUGGUGUUAGCUACGAGAAGAAGAGGAAGAGAGUCAACAGGCAGAAAACGCAAACGCAGCCGCCUGUACCGCUGCAGCAACAGCAACAACAAGGUCAGUCUCUGAUGGCUAACUACUCGGGUGCAACUGUUUGAUCAUAUAUAUGUAUAAUUUCCCCCCUUUUUAUGUAUUGUCUCGUAUUUGCUUCUCUAUGUGUUUAAUGUAAUGACUUCUUUGCAUUAUCCACUGAUGCUGUUGUUAAUUUUGUAGUUUUUUAUGAAUAAGAAUCUUUAUGGAUUUUUUUUGAACCUUUAUCUUAUAUGAUUAUUAUAAGA